GGGAUCAGUAGCAGCAGCAACAGCAGUCCCGAGCCAUCAUCGUUGUAUCGGGUACGUUGUAGGCUGUAUGAGAGAGAGAGAAGAAAUCCUCAGAGAAUCGACAAUUCUUGAGAAGGAGAUAAGUGAUUGAGAAGAGAGGGAGAAAGAAAAAAAUUCGUCGUCUCUGUUAGACUGGGUCUUUAGACAGAGUGUUGACUGGCAAGCAACAGAGACCAACGGAGAGUAGAGAUUCUCUUAGUAACUCAGAUGUAAACUGGUCUCAAUGUGUGCCGCGUGCUGCUGUUCAGUCUUCAAUUGACGAAUUAUAAAACAGGAACUUUGCACUGAUGCCAUCAUCAUUAGUAGUAUUGAAUAUAAAAUAAAUCGAAAACAGCAGUGAUUGUGUCGGUGAUGAUCGAGUACACAUGGCUCUAUUAUACAAACAGAUGAGUUUUUGGUCCGGACAAAUUGAAGGGUUCAUCUCCCGGAUGUUAUUCUUCACGCACAUUUUCACUCCUUUGGAGUGUACUCAAUCGAACGUCAGGAAGCAAUAGUUGAUGAUCCACAUGGUGGAGUUAUCCAAUAAUCCAUUCAAUAUGUUACAAACUUGUUCAAGUAGAGGAUCACGAUGUGCUCGACGUAUCCUAGUCUUUGUGUUUGUUUGGAGUUUCAUUAUGAUCGCAGCUCUACAAUUUCGUCAAUCUGUCAAUGAAGUUUUGCAACACAAUUCACUUGGAGCUGAUGUCAACUAUCCAUCUACUGGUACAUGGUCAUCUGAUCAACCAUCAUCCUUAUCAUCCUCAUCUUCAUCAUCAUCAUCGUCAUCAUUAUUAUUAGCCUCAUCAUCAUCGUCUUCUAUUAAAGAUUUAGCAAAAGGAUUCUUUCCAACUCCUAAUGAUUUUAGUCAUCAUUCCGCUAGUCCUAUUCUUGAUAAUGAAAGAGUCAAGAAACUAAAUGAUAAACAGUUGUUGCUUGAUAAACGACCACCACGUACAGAACAGGAACUUGUCAAGGAGAUUGAAAGUCGAUUACCUAGUUUACCUCUUGCAUAUUGGAUGAAGAGUAGUAAUUUUAAAAGCACUUCUAGCAAUGACACGAAGGCAAAAAAAAGUUGUAUACCACGAUAUCCAAGUAUUUUUGAGCUUGAAUUUAACAACAUCUACUGGCAGACAUUUAAAUCUAGUAACGGAACAUUCCAGUUGUAUGGAGCUUAUUAUGAUAAUAGAAAAUUAUCCAAGAUCGGGCCGGCAAUUAGGAUCAUCGGAAUGAUUGAUAGAAUUGAGCCAAAGGUGAAGACUUACUGUCAGUUGUGGUUUGAUAAAGAAAAAGAACCGCAAAUAGUUGAUGUUCUUGAAUAUAAAUAUAUAUGGUAUUCAAAGUGGGGUAAUUAUAAGCAAGGCAUUUAUCAGCCUUAUGUGAUAGCGUGUAAAAUUCCUCAGACUCACUGGGCAAAAAGUCCUCCAGCUUCAGUUUCUAUUGUUGAAAAACCUUGUGAUACAGCUAGCACUAAUUUACGAGUUAUUUACAACAAACCCGAAAAGAAGAAGGAAUUUGCUGUGUGUGUUAAAGGUCUUGACUUUCUUCAUGAAGAUUUGUCUGUGCGUUUAGUUGAAUGGAUCGAAUUAAUUAGCAUUCUUGGUGCUGAUAAGAUCUUUUUCUAUCAACUACAAGUGCAUCCUAAUAUAACUAAAGUGUUGGAUUAUUAUAGUCAAUUAGGUCGAGUCCAAGUAACCCCAUUGACUCUUCCUGGUGGUCAGCCAAAUAUUCCUGCCUUUCAGCACAUGUAUCUUAAGAAGAAAACCAAUCACAAACGACAAAAUGAAUUGAUACCUUAUAAUGACUGUUUGUAUAAACACAUGUAUGAAUAUGAGUACAUUGUUCUGCUAGACAUUGAUGAAGUAAUCAUGCCAGUUCAGGAUUCUACGUGGAGUGAACUGAUGCAAAGAGUUCUACCCAAGGCUUUUAAAAUACGCAAUGAGACUCGUGCUUCAUACAACGUCAGAAAUGUAUACUUUCUCGAUGACCUUCUCCACUCACAUGGAUUCUUUGACCACGUGCCGAGGUAUAUGCAUAUGCUUCAACAUGUUUACCGCUCCAUGAACUUCACCAAACCUAAUGAGUACAUCAAGUGCUUUCAUAAUCCGGAACGCAUUGUCACCCUGCACAACCAUUUUCCACUAGCGUGCCUUGGCGCUGGCUGUACCAGCUAUCCAAUUGAGACUGAGGAUGCUCAACUUCAACACUAUAGAGCUGAUUGCGUGACAUCCCUCAAGAAAACGUGCCUUCAGUAUAGAAAAAACAGCAUUGUAGAUACAACUAUCUGGCGAUAUAAAGAUCAACUUGUGGAACGAGUUACUGAUACUUUAGUAAAACUUGGUUUCUUCGGUCCUGGAUAACAGAACUCUCUAUUUUCUUCUUUCUCUUAUUUCAUUUAAUCCAAGUCUCUUUUAUCAUUUUAUCUAAUAAGUUGGCGAAUCAAUUUUAUAUUUUUAUCAUUUUUUAUUUUAUUUAUUUUCUCUUAUCAAAAAUGAAAGUAACUUUUUUUCUAGUUAAUGCAUAUAAAACAAGCUAGCGAUAGGUAUUAAAUCUAAGUGAGAGGUCAUUUUUAGCAUCUCAUAUAAUCUUUAAUUACUUUCUCUCUAUCUUAGCAAAUACAUAAAAGUUCAUUUAUCAGUUCUAUAUAUCGUUAAUAUUCCUUGUUCCACGGAACGAUACUUAGCAAUGAACAGACGAUUUUUAUGGACCAAUUACGUCGUUGAAUCCGUCCUUGACUUCAUGUGCGAUCCGCGGAACGAUGAAAGCCUUCAAGGACUUCUCUUUCACUCUUUCGUUUUAUUUUUCUUCCCUCAUUUCAUGGUCAGCCUCGAUCGCUCUCUAAAGAUAUGAAAAAAAAAAAAUAACUAUAUUUCCCGUCCGUCUGGGUAUCUUAGCGGAACUUUGACGGCUAGCGGAACAGAGGGCGAUUCAUGUUGCACCAUGAAUAGUUAGCUUUUAUUAUACUCGCCAUUUGAUUUGCAUGUGUGCGAUUAUGUCGAAUUUAUGUACAUCUAUGUACAUGCCAUUACACUGUAAGGCUUUUAAAUAUGUUGAAUUGACAAGUCGUUAUAUUAAGAAUAUUCUAUCUGUACAGUUCAACAUUGUUGUUAUUAUCAUGGAAUGGUUAAUAAAUGAAACAACGAGUAUUUA